AUGGAGGCCCCGCGCUAUGAGGCGAAGCUCGUCCCAACGUCGGUGGCGAACCUGCACGUCAAAUUCCCCACCAAGCCGCCCGAAGCCCACGUCCAUUUGCCGCAGGACCUGCCCACGGUGUCUCUCAAACAUGGAGAGACAGACCUGGGGCGGGGUCGGCUCACGCAGUUGCUCGACCCCCGGCUUAGUCGCAAGCAGCUCACCGUCGAGUGGGACGAGCACUCUGGCCGCGCCUCCGUGCACGUGCAUGGCAUGAACCCGUCGUAUGUCCAUGCCCAGGGCCAGCAGGAGGGGGUGGCGGUGAGCAAGGAGACGGGCAAGGUCGAGGUCGGGGAUGGGGUGGUGAUAUCCCUGCUGCCGGGACUCUACGGCUACACGCUGCGCAUCAUCGAUCGAGAGGCCAGCACCGCACCACCCGCCAACGCGGGUCAUGUGAAUUCACACAAGCGUAAGCUGGAAGGCGAACACUACAAGGACGGACAGCAUCAGGCGCCUGUGGGGACGGCACACGCUGCCGCGGCUGGUGGGGAUGCGGCGGCAGAGGCGGAGGGAGCGAGGGGCGCCAAGCGGCAGCGAACCGAAGACGAGGAGUCAGAGACCAACAGCAACAGACAGGACGCCGACACCGUCCUCAUAUCGUCCAUCAGCGACCAGUACAAGGAGGGCGUGCGGGCUGUGAAGGAGGUGUUGCCCGAAAAGUCGGUGAAGGAGAUAAUCGUCGCCCUCGCAAAGUGCCAGAAGAACGUGGAGCAGGCGAUCGAUCUCCUGCUCUCGGAACCGCCUCCCGCGGCAUGUGCGGACCACCUCCAGCCGCUGUCGUCGUCGUCAUCAUCAUCGCCCUCGCCGUCGGGCGCCUCCUCCCCCUUCUCCAAGGCCCUCCCGCCCACCGCCCCGGUCACGCCAGUCAAACCGGCAGCGCCCGCCACCAGCCCCUUCCGGGUUCCCGACGGAGCGAGCCCGGGCAAGACUGCGACGGAGGUGGACGAGGGCAUCGCGUCGGAACUGCAAAAGGCGCUCGACACCGCCGCCGAACAGGAGGCCAAGGCCCGAAGGGCCGAAGAGGAGGCCAAGUCACAGAUGGAGAUCAUCAAGAUGUUGAUGCAGGAGAAGGAGUCCAUGGAAAUGAAUAGCAAGGAGCUGGCCAGUGUCCGCAUGAAGCUGGACAAGCUGUACCUGCCCGGCGAAAGAGAAGCGCUGACGGGAACCGAGAUGCGCACCUUCACGCUGAUGCCCUCCCGAGGGUUCGGGGACGACGCCUCUGAAAUGCACUACCGGACGGCCGAGAGCCAGUUCCACCGGCUGUGCGAGGGGAUGACCGGGGUGAAGGUGACGCGGGUGGACUACAUCGUGAAUCCGCCGUUGGUCAAGAACUUUGAACGAAAGCGGCUGGAGCUCGCCGGACACGUCGACUGGGAGGACACCAAGCCCAUUUUGGCCUUCCAUGGCACGUCGGACGACAACAUCACCGCCAUCUGCAAACACAACUUUGACUUCAGCAAGAUUGGCGCUUCCACGGGCAAUCUGGGGUUCUAUGGCAAGGGCGUCUACUUCUCCGAGUUUGCGAGCUACAGCAUUCCCUACGUGCGCGGCGGCACCAAGCUCCUGCUGUGCAAGGUGCUUGUGGGCCACUCGUUCAGGAUGUCCCGGGUCGAGACUGGCAAGCCGCAGGUUGAAGGCUACGACUCUCACAUCUCCCCGUGCGGCAAGGAACUGGUGAUCUUCAGCCCGGACCAGAUCCUCCCGACCUACAUCAUUCACUACACCACCGGGAGCGGUGGUGGACGAGGGUUUGGUGGUUUCUACUGA